GGAAGUCCAAAUCGAAGUUAAACGUAAAACUUCAGUGGCUACCGGCCCGUAUCGAAGCUAAUAGAUCUCCGAUCGAAGAAGGCUCGGUCCCCUCGGUCAGCUGGUUCUGCGUCUAUGUAGAGCAUUCCAUAUCCACGUUUUAACCGCAUCCAAACUGCAUGUCAAAAACGCGCAUAGUUAUAGAGGUCUAAGCAUUGGCACCCCGGAUAAUCUUACCACUGGGACCAAUAUCACGGACGGUACAUACCGGCGUCAAUGGCCUCUCCAUCUGAAUACUCGUUUCAGCCGUUGGCACCAUCCACUGUACGAAGGAAAAGAAGUCCAGCUCGAGUGGAUCACUCUCAUCUUCAGAAAGCACUCCCGGACGUUGUUCAGGAUGAUCAACUGUCCGCCGGUUGGACCAGGAUGCGACAUCCGGAUUUUGGCUCUUACUACUUUCAUGAGGAGAUGCAACACGAACCAUGAAGUGAGCGCCCUACAUGGCGCCGCGAUCACCCAGCUACUUCGCGAUUUGAGGGAUAGGGCUCCUUCCGAUGCCGACUCCGAGUUGACUGUUGUUCUGGACUUAAUUCCUUCUUCCGUCAGCGCAGACCAAAAUCCCACUUUCGGGUAUUAUUUUGCUUCUCAUACUCACAAGCGAGUCUUUUGGCUGGAAGAUUUCAAUCUUGCUUGCUUCUCAGAAGAAUGUGACGAAUCUAUGGAAUCAUCUCUCAGAUGCGCUGAAGCACAGUACUGGAAGCAUUGCGAGCUGUUUCCGAAUACCCUCAACGUCACAGAGCUUGUCAUCCAGGAACUCAGGAGCAUUUUAGUUCAAGCAUCUGCAGAUCGCCUGUCCUCGAAAUUCUCCACAUCGCCCUAUGAUGGAGAAAGUAUUUUGACCAUGUUAAAACUUGUGAAUAAUAUCGAGCCUCUGGGCAAGAGCAAGGAUGGACGCUCAGCUUGGACAAUAGCGAAAUUCAUGGUGCUAUCUCAUAUCGGCAUAUUACGAAGCUCAUAUGGUCAAAACGACGACUAUUUCGACAUCGAGUACUCCGAGUCAAAUUCUGAACCUUACAAACGCUCGAUGCUGAUGGCGCUUAUGUCUCCAAUAAUGCUGAAGUCUGCGGAAGUCUACGCAGAAGAAUUAUACAGCUUUCGAGACAAUUUCUCACUUGUGCGGUGGAGGAAGUUUGUGAAUAAGGUGGAUAUCAGCAUCCGCGAUUCCAAUCUACUGGCAACCGUCUUGCUUAGCACGAGCAUCGGCUUUUUGGCAAUUGGAACCGUGGAUUCAAGUGGUGCGGAUGGUUCAAGGUCAGGGGCACAGAUUGUCAUAUAUUGCUCCGUCAUCUGCAGCAUUGGAAGUAUCAUUAUCGGUCUCAUUAUUUUCAAACAAUACCGUGCAAAGGGUGCUGAUACUCCUCUGAAAGCGAUCAUAAUCUUGAAGCGGAUAUUCCGUGAACGAUAUGGUCUUGAGAGGCUUGCUGUUAUCUGCAGCCUGCCGUAUAUCUUGCUGAUGUGGAGUCUGAUUCUGUUUUCGAUUGCAGUUUUCGAGAUUGCUUUUGAUAGGACAGAUGCCGAGACUCGCACGCCUGUCGCAGUCGCGAUCUCCCUACUUUUGUUAUCUGUGUUUGGGUCUUUGUAUACUGCUGGACCACGAGAUAAGGAGGAGAAUGUCGUGGACCCACACAAGGUCACGAGCUGGAGAACUCUAGGUCGGCAGAUCACAGGGUUCAUUCCGGCUGCGUGCAAGCAAUUGCGGAAGCCAGUCCGGGACGACUCAGUACAGUGCGCAGACAAUCAGGGUGAUGGGGAUAUGGAGAGAGCUCUCAAGACGUGUUGAUUCUGCUUUUUCUCGGCUUCAAGUUGGAUGACCCGAAGAGUUACGACUAUUAUGAAUUCCCCCUAGCAUUGUUGUAUACCACCCUCUGUAAAUUACACGGUUUAUGGAAGUUCAUGAUAUUCUGCCAUCAUUCGGUUCUUUUUCGGUUCUUUCGAACAGCGUCUGCGUCCUGUUG